AUGGAUCUUGCUAGCCUUCCGAUCAUCCUUCGGAAAGAACUUGUCUUCCAGCAUAAUUUGUCUCCUGAACGCGCCGGAUGCCUGAUAGAUCAUCUAGCUUUGCUAUCUUUAUACAUUUCCACGUCGAAAUUCGCUCUCAAUCAGAGCGAAUCCGUUAAAAAUACAAUAUUUGCAAUCCAAAACAUAGGAGAAAAAGAUUUUCCUCAUCUUGUUUAUCGCGAAGUAGCCUUCUGGUGUACUGGUCAGCUUUACAGCGGCUUUCGGGACAAACCAGAAUUUUGUCUUCCCUCGGAUGAACUGCUUAGUCAGUUUGUAAUAAUGAAUUUGACUGGAGACAUCUUUGGCACGGGUUCCGAGCAAGUUCUGAAUGAAAUGUGUGAAGCACGAGAAUCCUCGAAUGUUCUCGAACUCGCUGAGCGAUUAGGUGUUCUGUUAAAUCAUGAUCUUUGCACAAUUAAAAGUGCUUGUUCUGAAUUUAUCGAAAAUAAUUCAAAGUUGGUUGAGAAGUACAUACGGAAAGGCAGAAAGCAUCGAAAUUUGCUCUCAAUGGUUCGACGAAUUGUACUUGACCAUAAAGAUCCCAAAAGGCUACAUGAAGGACUUGUGGAACGCUGUCUUUCUGAUAUGUUCGAUAUCCACGAUAUCCUCGUCUCAGCCACGAAUCUUCUCACCAGUCAUCAGUCAGCAUCCGCCGAGGCUGCUGUUGGUGCAAGUGCCUCCACAAUGCAUGGGGUCUGUCUCGGAGAUUAUCUGGAACUCAAGCUUCUCUUUGCUCUAUUCUGUGCUGACAAGCACUUCCAUAUCGUCUAG